AUGGCCGAGCCGGCGCACGGCUGGGACGCCACCUACUCCGAGUUCCGCGGCCGCCGCGUCACCGCCGUGCCCGUCAUCCGCGUGUUCGGCGCCACGCCGGACGGCACCAAGGCGUGCAUGCAUGUGCACGGCGUGCUGCCGUACUUCUACGUGCCGUUCGACGGCGCCAGCGCGGCGGCGAGCGCGGCGCACCAGCUGGCGGCCGGCCUGGACCGGGCGCUGGCGCUGGCCGCCGGCGGCCGCCAGACGGCGCCACUACACGUCCACAAGGUGGCGCUGGUGGCUGGCAUACCAUACUAUGGAUAUCACAAGAAAAGUCAUUUGUUCUUCAAAGUUUUCCUUUACAACCCAAGGAUGGUUUCAAAAGCUGCGGAACUUCUUCAGAGCGGUGCCGUUAUGCACCGGUCGUUCCAGCCGCACGAGGUGCACAUCCCGUACCUGCUGCAGUUCCUCAUCGACUUCAACCUGCAGGGGAUGAACCUGCUGCACGUGUCCUCUCACAGGGCUCGCACCGAGGCGGGGACGGAGGCCUCCGGAGGGUCGGGACUGGCCGCCGUUAGCAGCUGCCAGCUGGAAGUGGACGUGCACGCCUCCCACAUCCUGAACCGAACCCAGCUGGCGACGGAGUCGGGGCUGGGCGCCGGCAACCCGGGCCUGGUGGUGGACCUGGGCGUGGCGUGGCUGGCGCUGGCCGGCGGCAUGUGCGAGGCCGACGUGUGGCAUGAACCGGACAUCGUGCUGCGCCGGCCCAAGACCAAGUUGGUCUGGGACGGCCACAACUUUGAUCCGGCCCUGAAUCUGGCGCUGGAUCUGGCGCUAGAUUCGGCGCUGGAUCCUGUGCUGGAUCCGGUGCUGGAGCCGGUGAUGGAGCUGGCACUGGAUCCGACGAUGGAGCUGGCGCUGGAUCCGGCGCUGGAUCUGGCGCUGGAGCCGGCGCUGGAACCCUUCGCAAUGGAGCGCCCCUUGAUCGGGUGGAUGGGCAAGGAGGGUUGGUCGCCCGCCUUCGCCACCGCCGCCGCCGACCUCGCCUUCCCGUGCCGACCUGCUGUGCGGGACCUGGAAGUGAUGGUCCGACUGGGCCCGAGGCCCAUGGCGUCUGUGCGGACGUACGGACAGCGGCGAACCGACCCGCCACGCCCGUCCAGCCCGGUGGCGUACAUGGCGGCGGACAGCACGAGCCCGGCGGUGGGCUCGCGGCCGCGGCGGCGCGCGCGACGCGUCCAACGCUCGCUUUCGCCUUCGCCCGGGCCCGAGCCCGGGCCCGGGCUCACGCCCUCGCCGGAGCGCGACAACGACGAGUCGGCCGACUACGUCUGCCGGGCGGGUGAGGUCGACGACGACAGCAGCCACGGUGACACUGCCAGCCCGCCGUGCGGACAAAGGCCGCUGCAGUCGCCCGAGCUCUUCGAGCCGCCUUCCCCGCCGGAGGAGGACGAGGAGGAGGUGCAGGUGCUCUCGCCACCCCAGAUCACGUCUCUGGCGGCGCCGCCGGAGGAGGACGACGACGACCUGAUCCUGCUGUUCGAUAACUCGCAGCGCCCAGGCGUGGAGGUGGUGGAUCUGCAGGACUCCGACGACGAGGAGGAGGGCGCCGGGAAUACGGAGCGAGUGCCGUUUGUCGGCAGCCCCGGACUGGGCUCAGGGGAGGGCCCAGCCCGGAGCCAGCCUGCGCUGACGGCCAAGGUGAAGGUGCCGCUGAACCAGUCUCUGGGGACGGCCAAAAUACUGCUGAACCGGUCUCUGGGGACGGCCAAAAUACUGCUGAACCAGUCUCUGGGGACGGCCAAAAUACCGCUGAACCAGUCUCUGGGGACGGCCAAAAUACCGCUGAACCAGUCUCUGGGGACGGCCAAAAUGUCGGCAGCCCUGAGCCGGCCUGUGGAGAGGACCGAGGCGCCGACAAGGAAGAUGAGGCCCUGGAUGAUGCUGAGCCGUCAGAUGAAGUGGAACACUCAGACAAAGGUGGCCCUUCAGACGGAGGUGGCCCUCCAGACGGAGCGGGACCCUCAGACGGAGCGGGACCCUCAGACGGAGCUGGACCCUCAGACGGAGCUGGGCCCUCAGACGGAGCUGGACCCUCAGACGGAGCUGGACCCUCAGGCGGAGCUGGGCCUUCAGACGGAGCUGGAUCCUCAGAUGGACCGGGGCCCUCAGACGGACCUGUACGCUCAGGUGGAGCUGAAUCCCCAGAUGGACCUGGGCCCUCAGACGGUCCUGUACGCUCAGAUGGAGCUUGGCCCUCAGACGGACCUGUACGCUCAGCUGGAACUGGGCCCUCAGACGGACCUGUAUGCUCAGAUGGAGCUGGAUCCUCAGAACGGACAGAGGCAGGGGCAGGCACCCUCUAGGGUCGGCCAGGGGGCGCCGGGUAGCGCCAGUUCGCCGUUGCCGGCGCCGGGCGGGAAGGCGCCGGACAGUCGGCCGGCCAGCUCUGAGGAGCCGCAGUCGGAUGACGUGGCGGCGGUGCUGGCACGGGACCGCACCACCUUGGUCAGUCCGGCGCCGGCGCCGCGGGACCCGGCCGGCGCCUCGCCGCUGGAGCCGUCCCUGCUCGUCAGUCCGUCGUACGGCCUCCAACGGGCCAACAGCGCCGACAACACGUACGGAUUCAAGCUGGACUGGGAUAACCUGCAGGACGCCCAGUGUUCGCAUGAGUAUCAAUACCUGACCUGCCUGAGCCUGGAGGUGCACGCCGUGACCCGCGGUGACCUGCUCCCUGACCCGGAGCACGAUCCGGUGGCCGCCGUGUUCUACCACCUGACGGACGAUGUGCCGGAGAACUGGCGACGGCCCCGCUGUAUCGUGGUCGACGCGCCGUCCGUAGUGUCUGAAUCGACCGGUAGGCGGCGCCACCUGCUGCAGGCGGCCGGCCUGCCCGGCCUCGCCGUGCGGUACGUCGCCGACGAGCCGGCCCUGCUGCAGGCGCUGAUCGAUCUGGUCAGCGGCACCGAUCCGGAUAUCCUGCUGGGCUGGGAGGUGCAGCAGCUGUCCUGGGGCUACCUGCUGGAGCGCGCCGAGUGUCUGGGCCGGCCGCUGGUGACGUCCCUGUCGCGGCUGCCCGAGUGCCAGCGCGCCUCGCGCGCCGCUGCCGACUCGGACCCGUACGGCUCGGAGCACACCUCCGAGAUCCACCUGGCCGGCCGGGUGGUGCUGAACGUGUGGCGUCUGCUGCGGCAUGAGGUGGCGCUGUACAGCUACACGUUUGAGAACAUCGCUUACCAGGUGCUGCACCAGCGGCUGCCCGAGUUUAGCUUCCGGCAGCUGACCGAGUGGUGGCAGCACCCGUCCGCCGUCAACAAGUGGCGGGUGGUCGAGUACUACGGCCUCCGCAGCCGGGGCACGCUGCAGAUCCUGGGGCGGCUCGACAUCAUCGGCCGCACGGCCGAGCUGGCCAGGGUGUUCGGCAUCCAGUUCUUCGACGUCAUCUCCCGCGGCUCGCAGUUCCGCGUCGAGUCGAUGAUGCUGCGGCUGGCCAAGCCGCGCAACUUCGUGCCCGUCUCGCCGUCUGUGCAGCAGCGAGCGGCGGCUCGGGCGCCCGAGUGUGUGCAGCUCAUUCUGGAGCCCGAGUCCAAGAUGUACGUGGAUCCCGUGGUGGUACUGGACUUCCAGAGCCUCUACCCGUCCAUGAUCAUCGCCUACAACUACUGCUUCUCGACCUGUCUGGGACGCGUGGAGCACCUCGGACAGCGGGGCGCGUUCCCGCUGGGCUGUACAGCCCUGCAAGUGCCGCCGCCGCUGCUGGCGCGCCUGCUGGCCCGGGACCAGCUGCACGUGUCGCCGAGCGGCGUCGCCUUCGUCACGGCUGACGUGCGCCGCGGCGUGCUGCCCGACAUGCUGGCUGAGAUCCUCGGCACGCGCAUCAUGGUGAAGAAGGCCAUGAAGGCCAACAAGGACAAUCCGUCGGUGAGGCGCCUGCUCGACUUCAAGCAGCUGGGUCUGAAGCUGAUCGCCAACGUAACGUACGGCUACACCUCGGCCAACUUCAGCGGCCGCAUGCCUUGUAUCGAGGUGGGGGACAGCGUGGUCAGCAAGGGCCGCGAGACGCUGGAGCGAGCCAUCCGCACCAUCGAGUCCCGGCCAGAGUGGGCCGCCAGGGUGGUGUACGGCGACACCGACUCCCUCUUCAUACUGCUCAAGGGCCGGACCCGCGCCCAGGCGUUCGAGCUGGGCGCCGAAAUGGCGGCCGCCGUCACCGCCGACAACCCCGACCCGGUCAAGCUCAAGUUCGAGAAGGUCUACCAGCCGUGCAUUUUACAGACCAAGAAGCGGUACGUGGGCUUUAUGUACGAGACGCCCGACCAGCAGGAGCCCGUGUACGACGCCAAGGGCAUCGAGACCGUCCGGCGAGAUGGCUGUCCAGCCGUUGCCAAGAUCCUGGAGAAGUCGCUGCGCCUGCUCUUCACCAGCCACGACCUGGGCGCCGUGCGCGGCUACGUGACGCGCCAGUUCGAGAAGCUGCACCGGGGCGCCGUCAGUGUGACCGACCUGACGUUCGCGCGCGAGUACCGCGGCCGCGCCAGCUACCGGCCGACCGCCUGCGUGCCGGCGCUGCGCAUCGCCGACCGCCAGGUGCGAGCCGACCGGCGCGCCGAGCCGCGCGUGGGCCAGCGCGUGCCGUACGUGGUGGUGUACGGCGCGCCGGGCCUGCCGCUGAUCCAGCUGGUGCGCUCGCCAGCCGAGCUGCUGGCCGACCCGGCGCUGCGGCCCAACGCCGAGUACUACGUGAGCCGGGCGGUGGCGCCGCCGCUGCAGCGCUGCCUGGGUCUGCUCGGCGUGGACGUGCUGGCCUGGUACGCCAGCGUGCCGCGUCUGCUGCGCUUGGCGCCGCCGUCGGCCGCCGCCGCCGCCACCACCAUCUCGCGCUUCUUCGCCGGCCGCAGCUGCGCCGUGUGCGCCAGCUGCUUGGGCCAGCCGGCGGCGGCGCCCAUCGCCUGCGUCUCGCUCGACUGUCCGGUGCUGUGGGGCCGCGUGGCGGCCGACCGGGCGGCGGAGGCGGCGCCGCACCUCCGACAGGUGCUGGAGUCGCUGACGGCCUAG